ACCUAAGCUCAGUGCUGUGUAGUAGCUUGUGAGAGAGACAAGAUGCAGGCUGCAGCUCUGGUGAUGUUCCUGGGAGUCCUGGUGGGUCCCCUCCACGCGACGCCCCUGCCUUCUGAGCCCCUUCUGCCCACUCAGGAGAACUUCGACCUGGACCGGUUUAUGGGGAAGUGGUAUGAUGUGGCCGUGGCCUCCACCUGCCCCUGGAUGCAGAAGCACAAGGGACUCUCUGCUGUCAGUACCGUGGAACUGGAGAAACAGGCCCCAGGAGACACAGUCAGCAUGACCAAAACUAUGCAGUCCAGGCAUGAUGGAACCUGCAAACAGAUAUCUGGUGACUAUAAGUUGACCGACACACCUGGCAGAUUCAACUACCACGUGUCCAAAUGGAACGCUGAUGUGGAUGCCUACGUAGUGCACACAAACUAUGACGAGUAUGCUCUCAUAGUGAUGUACAAGCAGAAGCAGGGCGGCGACAAAACCACCUCAGUCAAACUGUACGGCCGUACUCCAGAACUGCGGGACACUCUGAUGGACGACUUCAAGCGUGUGGUCAGAGAGCAGGGCAUGAGUGAAGACACCAUCAGCAUCAAGCAGAACAAAGGGGAAUGCACCCCUGGAGAGACCUUGGUAGUCGCCUCACCUGCCCCACAGAGGGCCAGGAGGUCUUUUCUGCUGCUCCCUCAGGCAGAUGAGGAGGGCUCAGGGGCACCUGCCGAGGAAACGCCUCUCUUUAGGGGCACAGAGUCGUGUCAGGCCGCACCGGAUUCAGGGCCGUGUUUCGGAAUGUCCCCGCGCUUCCACUACAACUCCUCGCUCAUGGCCUGCCAGGUGUUCAACUACGGCGGUUGCCUAGGCAACCAGAACAACUUCAUGACAGAGAAGGAGUGCUUGCAGAGCUGCCGCACAGAAGCUGCCUGUAGGCUGCCCAUAGACGCUGGCUCAUGCAAAGCAUACGUAGAGCUGUGGGCCUUCGACUCCAACACCGGCAAGUGUGUGUCCUUCAAGUACGGGGGUUGCCAAGGCAAUGGGAACAAGUUCUACAGCCAGAAGGAGUGUGAGGAGUACUGUGGAGUGAUGAGGGAUGGUGACGAGGAAUUGCUCAAAGCAAAUUGAGGGAUGCACACACACAGUCAUACACACACACACACACACACACACAGUACACACAAACUAACACAAACUAAACCAAAAUACAGAAACAGGCAUAAAUACUCAUCUUCCAUAAACCUGCUGUGCUACUAAUCCAGCCAACAUAGGCUGCAGUAGAUGCUACGUGUAUCCUAUCAAACUUAAUAAAGAAACAGCUACACCAUUCUGGA